AUGUUUUCGGGAACUAAGGGACCCGGCGAAGCGGAGGCUCUGGAUGGUAAAUUCCCGGCAACAGCCAAGCAUCUUCCCCAAUGAAACUACAAGCCCUGGGUUAAUCAGGACAAAAUACAAAAUGCAGGCACCAACCUCCGUGUCCUCAUAGUUCACGCCCGCUGGAAUACCAGCCUCGUCACACCGCUCGUUGAAGGGGCGCGUAAGAAGCUCCAAGAACGUGGUGUGAAGCCUCUCAACAUCAUUACCCACAGCGUCCCGGGCAGCUGGGAGCUUCCUAUCGCUGUUCAACGGUUUAUACUGCUCCUCCUCCUUGUUCAAAACCGCCAUCUACCUCCCCCAUAUCUAACCCAGGAAUCGAAUGAUAAAAUAGUUUGUACUCCGCCAGCCAAGUCCAAGCCUCAUCCGCCCCCUCGGGAGACCUCCUCGGUGGACUCGGUCGUAGCUCCACUCCAGUUCCUGGAGCGAGUUCUAGCAGCAAGGGGACGUUUGACGCAAUAAUUGCCAUCGGUGUACUCAUCAAGGGUGAUACCAUGCACUUCGAACACAUAGCGGAGUCCGUCUCUCAUGGACUCAUGAGGGUUCAACUAGACUUCGGUGUUCCAGUUAUUUUUGGUUUACUUGUAUGUCUGGCGAUUUUUCUGCAACUCCCCGUCUUCGGGAUUCAAAAGGGGGUAGGGAGAGAGAGAGAAACCAGUCCACUGACAAUGGGUGAAUUUGGCGUCGGGGUGCAGACCGUCCUGAACGAGGAACAGGCAAGUAUACGUGCCGGAUUGACUCCUGGUGGACAUAACCACGGCGAAGACUGGGGAGAUGCGGGUAUGGUAGAUUUUUAUUAUUGUUCAUUUCGGCCGGAUCGGCGAUGCUGACGUGGGUUCCGCAGCUGUUGAGAUGGGAGCCAAGAGGAAGCUUUGGGCCGAUGGUGUCAUUGGA